AUGCAUGUUAGAAUGAGAUUUGGACAAGUCGUUACUCCUCUCCGACAGCUUUCUCGGCCAGUCGCUCCUCGAGUGCUUUCUCAAAACUCGCGUCUUGUAAGACCUGUUGUUUCCUCUAUCCAGCCUGUCGUCGCCGUCCAGCAAAGAAACUUUGCCGAAGCCAUCUACUGGAUUGCUGCCAUGAUCUACAUCCGAGCCAUUCUCCCAAGAUACAAAUACAUUCAAGCUCUUCAGUUUUGCUUUGGAAUCAUGAACUUGUUCAUUCUUAUUGCAUUCUUGUAA